ACUUUCGACUUUUGUGGUAUAAAAUUUGAUAUCAAUUAAUCAACUGGUAAUAUCACUAUUAUGUCUCGCCGAACAAAGAACAGUCUAUCCACGCUUACAGAUGCUGAUAUUAAAAGCUUGAUUCUGAAACUUCCCAAAACAGAUGAAGCCAAAGAAAAAGAUAUUCCAUCAGAAAGAUCUCCCAAAGAUAAGGGAAACAAGACGAAAGAAAAUGAAAAGUGCACCGAACCUAAUGAUAAAGAACCAAAAUUACGGGCGCACGUGGUUGAUGUUGAGAAAUUUGCUUUAACGUUACCCAGCACAGACAAAAUUGUUUCAAAAAAGUUAGAUAUCGACGAUAAUGCAAGUAAACUCGACCAAAUCCUCACUCGUCUAGGUAUUUUAGAAGAAAAAUCGAAACACGAUGAUAACGAAAAAGCCGUCCUUCUAGUAGACAACGCGAAAAUGGCAGCUGAGAUUGACCAUUUGAAAUUUUCUAUUAGCAUGCUAAGAGAAGACAACAAUCGAAUCUUGUCUCUCCUUGAUAACAAUCAAAAUGCUUGGAUAGAUGCCAAUCGUAAGAAUGAACCCAAGACCAACCGAAAAAACCCAACAACUAAUCCUCUUCUAGCAGAUUCUAAACCGACAACUGAUGGUACUUUAACUCUGUCGAAUACGUUUCAAGUUCUCGCCAAUGAGAAUAUAUGUCCCUCUCCGGAGAAAGAAGUCAGAUUCAGAAUCAAAUUGCUGAAUAUAGAUCUUUCCACAAAUCCAAAUUUGAAGUGAUACAAAAGAAAAACCAAGGCGUAGAACACCCUAUUUCAUCAAAAAAGCCAACUUCAUAAGUAAAAUUUAGAGCAAUAAAUAAGACCUUGAUUAUUGGGGACUCAAUGGUGAAGCACAUCAACCAGCCAAAGAUUCAAAGAGCAGCGCGUGCACAGUCUACAGUACUGACAAACAGUGGAGCAAAAGUAGAGGACGUCUAUACCAAAAUGAACGAAACACUACAGAACGAAAACUAUGAUUCAAUUAUUAUCCAUGUGGGUACCAACAAUCUGGUAAAUGAAGAUGCUGA